AGCUUGUGGGUGGCGCGCAGCGGUGAAAUCAGACGGCAGAUGGACAGUGUGACAAGAGUGUCAGAAAGAAUCGGGCCUCGAGGUGGGAGUCAGCCGGAAGUCGAGUGUUGACAAGUUGCUGAACAGGAAGCCAGUAGGAGGACGGUGGCAAGAGAGGAAGUGGAGCCCUGCCUUCAGUCACACCAUUGAUGGAGGACAGGUGGCCAGCCGGAUGGCCAGCCACCUCUCCUCUUAAACCUUCGGAGCCCUGUCCUUUGUCCCCUGCUGGACACAUAUCGGGAACUUUAACACCCGCUCCCCCUGUGCUAUCCAUAGCAGUGCAGACUUAGAUCGCAGCACAAAGCCAACUCGCAAGCAUGAGUGCCGAGGGGUACCAGUACAGAGCGCUGUACGAUUACAAAAAGGAGCGAGAAGAAGACAUCGACUUGAAUUUGGGUGACAUCCUGACUGUGAAUAAGGGGUCCUUGGUAGCGCUUGGAUUCAGUGACGGACAGGAAGCCAGACCAGAGGAAAUUGGCUGGCUGAAUGGCUACAAUGAAACCACGGGGGAGAGGGGAGACUUUCCGGGAACGUAUGUAGAAUAUAUUGGCAGGAAAAGGAUCUCGCCUCCCACGCCAAAGCCCCGGCCACCUCGGCCCCUCCCUGUCGCACCCGGUUCUUCGAAAACUGACGCAGACAACGAGCAACAAGCUUGGACGCUUCCGGAUCUCGCGGAGCAGUUCGCCCCUCCCGACAUCGCGCCCCCUCUUCUCAUCAAGCUAGUGGAAGCCAUUGAAAAGAAAGGUCUGGAAUGUUCAACUCUGUAUAGGACACAGAGCUCCAGCAGCUCGGCCGAAUUACGCCAGCUUCUUGAUGGUGAUGCCACAUCCCUGGACUUGGAAGUGAUCGAUGUGCAAGUUCUAGCCGAUGCCUUCAAACGCUACCUUCUGGAUUUACCCAGCCCCGUCAUCCCAGUAGCCGUUUACAGUGAAAUGAUUUCUUUAGCCCAAGAAUUACAAAGCUCCGAAGACUAUAUCCAGCUGUUGAAGAAGGUCAUCAGGUCGCCUAACAUACCUCAUCAGUAUUGGCUUACCCUUCAGUAUCUGCUCAAACAUUUCUUUAAGCUCUCUCAAACUGCCAGCAAGAAUCUCUUGAAUGCAAGAGCACUCUCCGAAAUUUUCAGCCCUAUGCUUUUCAGAUUCCCAGCAGCCAGUGCUGAUAAUCCUGAACACCUCAUAAAAGUCAUAGAAAUUUUAAUCUCAACUGAAUGGAAUGAACGACUGCCUGCACCAGCACUGCCUCCUAAACCACCCAAACCCACUACUGUAGCCAACAACGGUAUGAAUAACAAUAUGUCCUUACAAGAUGCUGAAUGGUACUGGGGAGAUAUCUCAAGGGAAGAAGUGAAUGAAAAACUUCGAGACACGGCGGACGGCACAUUUUUGGUACGAGACGCCUCGACAAAAAUGCACGGUGAUUACACUCUCACACUAAGGAAAGGAGGAAAUAACAAAUUAAUCAAAAUAUUUCACCGAGAUGGGAAAUAUGGCUUCUCUGACCCAUUAACUUUCAACUCUGUGGUUGAACUAAUCAACCACUACCGGACUGAAUCUCUAGCUCAGUAUAAUCCCAAGCUGGAUGUGAAAUUGCUUUACCCAGUGUCCAAGUACCAACAGGAUCAAGUUGUCAAAGAAGAUAACAUUGAAGCUGUAGGGAAGAAAUUACAUGAAUAUAAUGCUCAAUUCCAAGAGAAAAGUCGGGAAUAUGAUAGAUUAUAUGAAGAUUAUACCCGGACUUCGCAGGAAAUCCAAAUGAAAAGAACAGCGAUCGAAGCAUUUAAUGAAACCAUAAAGAUAUUUGAGGAGCAGUGUCAAACCCAGGAGCGGUACAGCAAAGAAUACAUCGAAAAAUUUAAACGCGAAGGCAAUGAGAAAGAAAUACAGAGGAUUAUGCAUAAUUAUGAAAAGUUAAAGUCUCGAAUCAGUGAAAUUGUCGACAGCAGAAGAAGAUUGGAGGAAGACUUGAAGAAGCAGGCAGCCGAGUACCGAGAGAUUGACAAACGGAUGAACAGUAUCAAGCCAGACCUCAUCCAGCUGAGAAAGACAAGAGACCAAUACUUGAUGUGGUUGACGCAAAAAGGCGUCCGGCAGAAGAAGUUGAACGAGUGGCUGGGAAACGAAAAUACUGAAGACCAAUACUCCCUGGUGGAAGAUGAUGAGGAUUUGCCCCACCACGAUGAGAAGACUUGGAACGUGGGAAGCAGCAACCGGAACAAAGCGGAGAACCUGUUGCGAGGGAAGCGGGAUGGUACUUUCCUUGUCCGAGAGAGCAGUAAACAGGGCUGCUACGCCUGCUCUGUCGUGGUGGAUGGCGAGGUCAAGCACUGUGUCAUCAACAAGACAGCGACCGGGUAUGGCUUCGCGGAGCCCUAUAACUUGUACAACUCGCUGAAAGAACUGGUGCUACAUUACCAACACACGUCCCUGGUGCAGCACAAUGACUCCCUCAACGUCACACUAGCCUACCCGGUAUAUGCACAGCAGAGGCGAUGAAGCACCGACCGACACGCGGAUCCUUCUCCUGACGUCCGACCACCCUGAGGCCUCUGGAAAGCAAAGGGUUCUCCUCCAGCCUGGCCUGCGAAUUGAGCGCGGAGGCACAGCCCGCUGUCUUCUUGGAUAGGACUAGCGCUUCUUCGACAUAACAAAAGCAGUCAGGGGAGACGCACGGCCCAGGGCUGAGUGACCAUACGUUUCUAAUCCGGAGUGGUUUUCCUUUCUUUCUUCCCUGUUUUAAUUUAAAGCCACCACAACUCACAAAGAGGAAAAACAAACAAAGAAAUACAGCAAUCUCUGCGUGCCAGGGACAAAGAGGCCUUUAACCAUGGUGCUUGUUAGUGCUUUCUGAAGCUUUACCAGCUACGAGUUGGGACUCUGUAAACCGGAAGGUGAAUGGGCUGAGCAGCCCCUGGGCCCAGGAAAGCGAGGUCCGGCCUGGGUUCGCCUGGGCGGGUGGCUGCCCCGCCGCCCCGGGCACGGUGCACUGUGGCUGGUUUCAUUUUCUAACAGACGAACGAUGUGCAGCAAAAAGGCACUUCUCACAAGGGUCACUUUGGAAGAAUGUCACUUCACGUGCGUUCAGAGGGAACGCUGUCGUCACCAAGUGCCAGAACGGGUUUUGUUCAAACUUCAAAAUGACAAAAAAAAAAAAAAAGGAGAAAAAUCAGCAACCCACAACCCACCAACUGAGAAAGUGAGCUUGGGAAACGGGACUUUGAAAAAUGACAUUCAGUAUAUAAAAUAUGUACAUAUUAUUGGAUGACUAACUAUCAAAUAGAUGGAUUUGUAUUAAUACCAAAUAGCUUCUUCUCUUGUUUUGCUGAAGGCUAAAGUCACAGCGCUAUGCAAUCCUUCAUUUCCAUUCAGUUAUCUCCGUUUUAAAUGUUCCUUCCGAAUAAGUUUUCCCCACCGAUUUUUGUUGCUUGAAAAUACUGUAGUCCCUGAUUUUUGUUAAUAUUCAUUUUGUUAUUUUUUUAAAGAAGAAAUGUACAGGAUGCCAGUAAAAAAAUGGCUUCAGAAUUAAAACAGAAAACUAUGAACUAUUUUACAGUUUUUCUUGUACAGAGUACUUGGCUGUUAGCCCAAGGUUAAAAAGUUCAUAACAGGUUUUUGGACUGAAUGUUUUGUUGGGCAGUGCCCGAUAAGCUUCAAAGCUGCUUUAUUCAAUAAAGAAAAAGACCCGUGACUAUGACAAAGUAUGGCUGAGUCCAACGAUACUGUGUCAAGACUCUUAGAAUACGGUACCUGGCGAUGUUUAUUUCAUGAAGAAAUUAUGAGCUUGAAUCUAGGGAUGGGGUGGGGUGGGGUAAGGAACGAAAGGGUCAGCAGGCGGGGCGGCAGGAAGGGUGGGGAGAUGGUUCGCACUUUCUCGUGAUCACAGAGCAGAAGGGAGUAACUGCAAAGUACAGUCUUUCCCCACUCUCUUUGGUAUCGUCACCGACUGACGACCACCAACCCAGGGGAGCUCCCAGCACAGUUCAGCUGGUCUGAUCCCAGCGGCUCUGAUGAAGGAAGUUCUGGAGUUUGUCGGCAUUGGGUUCCCGGCACCAUGCUCGCCUUUGCUUUAGAACCUGGGUUUCAAGGUAGAGCCUGUGCCGUUAGAAAUGCUCUCCCUGUGUUACAUCACUUUGACCACGGCAGACCCCAAACAUGACUUUUAGAUGCAGCUUGGGCUGGUGGGGGAGGGAAGUAUAUUUUUAUUCGAGUGUUAUGUUAUGUUUCUACCCCUUCAAUUCAUAACCUAAAAUAGAUGUGUUCACUAUUGUCAUCGCUCUGGGCCAAAGGGAGCUUGUUAAGGACAGCAAGGCCAUUUCAGGAAUCCCAAGUCAUUGUACCCGUGCUUCCCUGUGCGGAAAGGAAAGGGGAUUGUGGCGAAAGCCAUCUUUCCAAAUCGGGAAGAUAGAGAAGAGUUGCUCCCUGAUUCCAGUGGACAAAAGCCCUUGGAUUCCAUAGGAAUUGUACAGUGUUGCAAGAACUAGGGACUCAUUCUACUCACGGACACUAAGCCUGAUCAAUUGAAGUGGAGCCUUGCAAUUCUGAUCUUUCUUUCUCCGCUUUAGACUGAUUGGCCCACAACUUUAUGUCUCUCUCACAUGUUGCUGGCGAGGGUGUCUUCCUCUGUUUCAGUGCUGAGCCCUGUAAAAUUCUUUUUAAAGAGCCGCACCCGCAGCUGACUUAAUCAUCUGUAGAAUGUAUGCCCUGCGCCCCCACCCCCACCCUUUUCCAUAAAGCGACUCAAGAUGUAAGUCAGUCCAGCAGCCAGACCGUCAGCUCUGAAACUUGACGGAACUGAUCAAACCAUCUCGCCUCUCAUCGCCAGACAAUAAGAUUCCCCGGGUUUUAGUUUGCGUCUUUGCUUUAAGGCUUUGCGUGGCCUUCUCCCCGGCCACAUCACUCAAAAGUGUAGCCGUUGUUUAUGAGCUGGUUUUUGCUCUUGUAGCACACCCCAGUUAGGUGCCUCGGUACCUAAUUUUUAUUCCAUUUCAAAAAUGCAAAAGUUGAGUCGAAAUGGUUCAUUAGAGGCUGUUUCAUGAAUAAUUCUGCUUCAACACUCUUGAGCAAGUAGACAGGGUAUUUAUGCUUUUUGCCUCAUUUUUGCAUCUCAGAAGCAUACAUGACACAGUAGGUUUUCCAGGCAAAGGCAGGGCAGGAGCCCACGCUCCUACCCCCUUGGCCAAGUUUCUGUUUUUCUACCAUGUUCACCUCCUUUACCUUUCUUGACAUUUGAAUACUAAGUGAUGGUCAGGUAGUUGUGGCCCACGGGGUUUAAGCAGACAGUCAUCUUUUAAUGGCCUUGUCUGGGUGGCCCCGGGUGUACCCAGGGGCGUUCUUGAUACACGAUGUUAUGCACGCAUCCAUUCCCCACCCACUGUAGUGUCCUACAGAUAAAGAGGGGAGCUAAGCUGCAGACAGCCUGUGAUAGGGCUGCAGAAACGGAAGCCUUGGAAACCUCCUGUCCAUUAUAAAUGGCAGAAAGAUACCCAGGUGAAAAGGCCGAAAGCGUGUGACACCUGACAACUUCAGAGCCCUUGCGAACCUGUAUAUAUGUAUAUGUGCAUGGACUGUGUUUCCAGUACACCUUCAGCCAAGACAAAUCGUUGCGUUCAAGUAUGUAACAAGCAGUGUCUAGUACAAUUCUUGUAUAUGUGUAGGGCUGGUGUUCCUUUCUCUGAGGUUCUGUGUUGUCUGAUAAAGUCGAACAUUUGUUUUCAAGUAAAGUGUGAAGUCCAUAA